GAGGUUCACCGGUCACCUUGCGAGAAUGGCCGACCAUGUCACAGCGGUGGACUUCAUGGAGAAAUUUGUGGCAAAGAACCGUGAGCUGAACAGCGAGCAUAGAAACAUCAGCUUUCUGCAGGCCGACAUCACUCUGCUGGAGUUACCAGGAAACAGCUUUGACCUCAUCUUCUCCAACUGGCUCCUGAUGUACCUGACGGAUGAGGAACUGAUGCAUGUGACCCAGCGCCUCCUGUCUUGGCUCCGGCCUGGUGGCUACUUGUUCUUCAGGGAAUCCUGUUUCUAUCAGUCGGGUAACCUGCGGAGGAACUUCAACCCAACGGUUUACCGGUUGCCGGCCGAUUAUAACCACAUCCUGACGUCCGGCAUUGACGGGCCCGAGAAAGAGGGUGGCCGGCUGUGGGGAUUCGAGAUUGUCAUGAGCAAGUCCGUGCAGGCCUACAUCAAGUUAAAGCAGAACCAGAACCAAGUCUGCUGGCUCCUCCAGAAGGUGACCCGCAACCCGUCCGCCAACCAGGGCUACGGAACCUUCCAGCAAUUCCUGGACAGUAAGCAGUAUUCCCGGAGCAGCAUCCUGCGCUACGAGAAGAUUUUUGGGCACGGAUUCGUCAGCAGCGGGGGACUCCACACCACUCAGGAGUUUGUCCAGAUGUUGAACUUGGUACGCGGGCAGUCAGUGCUGGAUGUUGGCUGUGGUAUCGGAGGUGGAGACUUCUACAUGGCGAAGAAUUACGGUGUCGAGGUUCUCGGAAUGGAUUUAUCCUCCAAUAUGGUGGAGAUUGCGAUGGAGAGAGCAGUGACAGAGAACACCCCGCUGGUGCAGUUCGAGAUCGGGGAUGCCACAAAGAGAGUCUUUGGGGAGAAGUUGUUUGAUGUCAUCUACAGCCGGGACACCAUUCUGCACAUCGCUGACAAGGAGGAUCUGUUCAAGAAGUUCUACACCUGGUUGAAACCAGGAGGCAAGCUGCUGAUAACCGAUUACUGCUGUGGUGAAUCUCCCUGGUCAACUCACUUCGAGGAGUAUGUCAGACAGCGAGGCUACAUCCUCUACACAGUCCAGAAAUACGGAAAGUUGCUCCAGGAUUUGGGAUUUGUCAGUGUGCGGGCGGAGGACCGGACCCAGCAGUUUGUGGAGAUCCUGAAAGUCGAGCUCCAGAGGAUGGACAGCAUCCGGGAAGCAUUUCUACAGGAGUUCUCGGAAGACGAUUACCAUUACAUUGUAGAUGGCUGGAAGGAGAAGAUGUCUCGGAGUGAGCUGGGGGAUCAGCGCUGGGGCCUUUUCUAUGCGGAGAAACCUGGGGAGGACUGGAGCACCAACGCGUCCGGAGAUGGCCCCGGGUUCGAAUCCUGUGCGAAGGAGAAAAACUGAGUGAUAGAUUAACGGGGAGGGUGUGGUGACAAGGUUGCAUUUUCCCAGCUAUUCAAUCUGAACUUACACCAACUGAACCAGUACAGGCUCAAUGGGCUGAAUGGCCUCCUUCUCUCUCUAUCAGCUUUGGACUC